AAAAAGAUUUGAUGUUGUUUAGAGAGAGAAACAAGACUCACACAAAACACAAUCAUUCAUUCACUAUACAUGUUGUUUUUGUUAAUGUUUGUGUGAGUGAGCCUGUCACUGUUAUAGCACAUAGCUCCCAACUCCAAUGACAUUGCAGUUUCUGAGGAGGGUUUGUGUUUGUUUUUCUGUCUUCAUCAAACUUUGUUUCUCUUCAACUUUUUGACUUUCUGUUGUUUCAAAGCAAAAAAGGAACCAACUUUGUUUCUGGGUCUUGUUCCUUUUGCUUAAUUUUGUUAGUCCCUCAUUGCUAUCACACCUUAGAAUAGUUGUUUGUUCAUGUUCUUGUUUUCUUUUGUUGGUUCAAAUUCUUGUUCUCAUUUGCAUAAAGGUACAAAAUUUAUGUGUGUGAGAGAGGAGAAUAAAAAAAAUGGGAAUUUUAUUUUUGGGUAGAAAAUGAUAAGGAUUCUCUUAUGAAGUCUUUCUUGUGAAGAUUUUUGUUUGAAAAAAUGAAAAGUUUGUAGAAUAUGCUUAUUCUUAUUCUUAUGCUUAUACUCUUUCUUAACACAACCCAUUUUAGCAUAGAGUGUAAAAAUUUAAUCUUUUUCAUAUGGGUUUUUUGAGUAGUUUAAGAAGUUCAGUUCAUGCUUGAUUUAAUGUUUCUAACAUUGAUUUGUAGUUGUGUUUUUGUUUUUUGUGUUUCAAUGUUUCAUAAAAAACACACCUUUUUCCUUCUUUUGUUGUUGUUUAGUUUGAAUCAUAACACUGUGCAAUGCCAAGGAAGAUUGAGUAAACACAUAGCUUAUGAGUCUCCAUCACCAUCAUCAAAUUACAAAGAUGAUUCUAGGAAGAUAAUUUUCAGUAUAGUUUUAGGAGCAACCACUGGACUAAUAGGUUCAAUUCUGUUUGCAUUUAUAGUUCGUUGUGUUGUUCAAUAUCUAAAUAGAACACCAAUCCUCAAAGGACCUGUGAUAUUCUCACCAAAGAUUGCACCAAAGACACUUCAAUCAGCUUUAACAAAAGAAAACACUUUGCUUGGUUCAAGUCCAAAUGGAAAAUACUACAAAACAGUUCUUGAGAAUGGUUUAACAAUUGCUGUCAAAAGGGUCACACCCUUUGAGGGAAAUUCACAAGAGAGUAGGAGAAAAUCAGUGAAGAGGGGAAUUCAAUUGGAGCUUGAGCUUCUAGCUAGCUUAAGACAUAGGAAUUUGAUGAGUUUGAGAGCCUACGUCCGCGAAAACGACGGGUUUUCGUUGGUUUAUGAUUAUGUUUCAACUGGUAGUCUUGCCGAUGUGAUGAAUAGAGUUAGGGAAAAUGAGUUGAUGCUUGGUUGGGAAGUUAGGUUAAGGAUUGCUGUUGGUGUUGUGAAGGGACUUCAAUAUCUUCAUUUCACUUGUGUGCCUCAGAUUCUGCAUUUUAAUUUGAAGCUUACAAAUGUUAUGUUGGAUGGUGAGUUUGAACCUAGGUUGGCUGAUUAUGGUUUGGCUAAACUUCUACCAAAUUUGGAUAGAGGGGUUUCUGUCAACAGCCCUCCGGAAUGUUUCCAUAAUUGCAGCAGGUACACAGAAAAAAGUGACAUAUUCAGUUUUGGCACGAUACUAGGCGUUUUAUUAACCGGUAAGGACCCUACCGAUCCAUUCUUUGGAGAGCCCUCCCGAGGAGGAAGUUUAGGAAGUUGGCUACGGCACUUGAAGCAAGCCGGUGAGGAACGAGAAGCUAUAGAUAAGAGUAUUUUAGGCGAACAAGGCGAAGAAGAUGAGAUGCUAAUGGCUGUUGGGAUUGCUGCUGCAUGUUUAUCGGAUAUGCCUGCAGAUAGGCCUUCUAGUGAUGAGCUUGUUCACAUGCUAACACAACUCAAUAGUUUUUGAAAGCAUACAUUCAUUUUUUUCUGUUUCUUGAGAGGUUUUUUUGCUUUGUUCUCACCCUUUUUUCUAUAAUAAAGAUGUUAGGUGUUUUUGGUUGGUCAUGAUUCUUGUGUAAUUCAUUGGUUUGCAUUAUCUUCUUGGUUUUCAUGGUGUGGUUGAUAUUUUGUUUCUUUUUUUUAUUUUUUAUUUUGUUCUGGUUUUGUAGAUUACCUGGUUGUUUUUUUGGUCACACUAGUAAAUAUAUAUUAUGUUUGUAAAUGACUAGUGAUUUUAACAUUUAACUAAGUAUUGUUUCCUUAGCCAGCA